AUGAAUGAAGAUACGUCGGUCAAAAAAGACAAAAGCAGGCUGGGAGGCCACAGGCAGCAGUUUGAGUGGGCCGAGGGGCAGCUGGUGAGCUGCAGGAGCCCGUGGCUGGCUGUGGGGGUGCGGGCCGGAGAGGGGAGCUCUGCUGACCCCACAGGCUCUCCGCUCCACCUGCUGCCCAGGAACCCCUCAGACCCUCACCAGAAACACAAGCCCCACAGCCCCGCUGCUGCUGCAGCCAAUCAGAGGUGGCGCUGGCUGCCGGAGCAGAGGGUCCUGUGUGCGUUCUACACGGAUGUCCAGGAGCAGGAGCUGACCGCAGCCUGUCUGGCCUCAGUCUGCACCUCCUGUGUGUAUCCACAACCUCUCCUGCAGCAGGGAUACUGUUGGAGCAGCCCAGGGGUGGAGGAGAGGGUGGAGGUGUGUGUCAGCUGUGCCACAGAGCUGAGAGGGAAGGGCCACUUAAAGAGGCUCCCUGCAAACUCCACCUUCCGCUGUGCUACAGCCAAUGGGAAUCCUCGCCUCAAUCCCAAGGGGUCAUUCAGGAGCCUGAGCGUGUGUGAGACGGAUCUGAGCACCGAGGCUGCCGACGCGACUCUGCAGCGUCUAGAGGAGAAUCUGGGCCGUCUGAAGACGGAGUGUCCAGGGCAGGCGACAAAGAUGUGGUCCCCAGGAGCCGGCCGGACGGGCAGCACGCAGCUGCCAGUGAGAAUCCUGGCCCACAGGAACGGACUGAGCCAAAAGGAGGCCCAGCUGGUCACAGCAGCCACCAUGCCCCUGCUGCUGACCGAGGGCACCAGACGACUGGGUCUCCCGCGGGCCGCCCAGCACCUCUACACGGCCGACGGCACCCGCGUCCUCACCAUGCAGCAGCUCAAGGCCUGGGCCCUCAACCAGAGUCUGCAGGAGCAUCAGCCCCUCACGGACACGGACACCAGGCCCCACACUCACAUGGCAGCUGCCACCCUCUCUGGAGAGGCAGCCCUGGAGGGAGGGGUCGACCCCACUGAGGCCCAGGCCCUUCCACUGGUCACGGAGGCUGAGGUGGACACAGUGGACCAGGCUCUGCUGGCCCUGGUCCUCAGAGAGCCCAUCCCUGUGUGGAUGUCCUGUGGGGAGCCCUUUCAGCCGCCUGAUGUGAUGAAACAAAAAGAGAGGCAAAAAUUGGCAUGUUGGAUGAAGAAGGGCAAACUGUUUGUAGAGCUGGAUAUCAGGAGGCACAAAAUGAGGCAGCAGAAAGCCCGUCCACCACAACACCAGAGCCCAUCAAGACAGAUUGCCCAAACUGUAGAAAGGGCCCCGGAAGCAACAGCUGAUCUCGACGCCUCUGAGACACACAUCCGUGUGGAAGAGUCUAUGCAGGAGCAGGGCAGCGAGCCUGUCCAAGAAGGGCCACCAAGCUCUACACAUGACCUCUACUAUCAGCCUAAGGUCAAGAGGGUGCUGGUGCACUCCAACGGAGGGGACAUUAGCGAAUCAAUAUAUGUCUGGGGCCGAACAAUUGAUGAGCUCCUGAGCUGUAGCACUGAGCGGCUGGGACUAGCGCGACCAGCCAGCCUGCUCUACACCAUGCUAGGGGAGCCUGUCACCUCCUUGGCCCACAUUCAGAGAGACGCCCUGCUGUGUGUGGCUGCAGGAGAGCCCUUCCUCACACCCAAAGACUGUCGAGACAGAAUAGAGAUGAAAGCCAACUUUGCCCGAGCUAUGAGGCAGCAUCGUCUUACCACCAGUGGCACGGCAGUCUCUCUGAAGGAACUGCAAACUAUCAGUGUAGAAGACCACAACAGAUGAGUGACCAAGGAACUCCAACUCCAAGGAACUAAUUUCACCUGUGAUUCAGUGGGGAUUCAGAUGUAUUAGCCUGUAAUUCCCAUCACAACCUUAUUUAAUUAGCAUGUUUAUAUUUGAGAAACAUCAAACUUACAUCAUGCCUAUAUGACUUCAGCCUUGGUCGACUGCAUUUAGUUACGCAGCCUUUAGAGGGCGGUAUGUUGUUAUUAAAAGUGUGUAGCAUUUUUUUAAGUGUGUAAUACAGUAAUGAGGUGUCAAAAUGGUGUUAAAAUAUAAAAGGGGAUGUUUUUCCCCUUUGAUGAUAGAUCUGGUAGAGAGAACUGGGGAAAAAUGACGUCCACAUUUUUAUUGCCUCUGACAUCAGUGUGAACUAAAGCAUUUAACUGUUAAGGUGGUCAAAUUGUUACUGCUGAAUUUCACUUUUGAUUAAAUUCAUUGUUAAUUACU